AUGACGGAUUUAAAGGAAGUGGCGCCAGAACCAGUUGAGCUUUCAGCCAGUAUGGGUCCAUCAACUAGUACGCCGUCGGAGAACCGACAUGGGAGUGUCUUAAGGGCAAUUGGGAUUCUCAACAAGGUCCAGACAUAUUCUGUCUUACCUUUUAGUGCAUUUUCAUGUCUGCAUAUAUUAGGUGUCGUUAUUACACCGGCAAUUUUUGGGACGGAAGCAGGUGAUGACAUGAUUGGUCUUGGCCGUGAGAUAUACCAUGUACCUCUAGUUGAGUAUGGUAUACUGGGCAGUGCGGCUGUCCAUGUUAUCAGUGGCGUUUCGCUAAAUCUGGCAAGAAAGUACUACAGGUACCUCAAAUACGGUAAAAGCAACAUCAAGAAACGUCAAAGCGGUGACGACAAGCUCAUUGUUCCGGGUAAAGAGGAGGAUAUUGAAGUUAGGGACGCUGAUAAGGGGUUGGGAGGUAUUACUUCUGUACUUGGUGCCGGUUCCAGGGUAUCUUUUACAUCGAGAUAUUUGGGAUUGAGUCCAUUGGCAUUCUCUGGUUAUUUCUUUCUUGCCCUACUAACAGGCCACGUCUACUAUGAACGCGUCUCUCCAAUCGUUGUUGAUGGCGAUAGUUCUUUUGUUGAUUUGAGUUAUGUUGCAUACUCACUCCAAAAGACAUUUUUGAAAACUUACUUUGGACUCAAUACCUUGGUCCUAGUAGGGAGUUACCACAUGCUUGUUGGUAUGAACCGUAUUUUGCGGAGAUUCACCCUCAAACAACGCAAAAUGACCUACAAGGCCAUCUUUGUCCUUGCAACACUUGGUGCUGUGUCUCUAUGGCGAAUAUCACAGAUUGACGUGCUUCCAGCAAUGGCGGCCAAGUUCCAUUCCUAUGUGCCAUGA